UGAACUUGUAAACGUUUUAUUUUCAUAUCAAACUAUCUGUACAUACAUUUAUACAUUUUUGUAUUGACUAUGGAAAUAACUGAAUAAAUAAGAAUGAAAAAUCCAGAAGGUAUUUCAUCAACUACAUUUAAACAAGAACCAACCGACGACAAUUCAAGUCAUCAACCUCAUUCAUCAACUUCAUCUAUUAACCAAUCUUGUCAUAAUCGACUUAUUAAUAGUAAUAAUAAUAUUUAUUUGAGUGACCAACAUUUUAAUUUGACUGCCUAUCCAUACUCGAACGCUGUUACCAUAGAUACAAUUAAUAAAACAAAUUCAAUGUUAUCAAUAACAGAUGAGAAAUUGACACCAACAUCAGAGACAAUAAUAACAAAUAAUUUAAUAACUAAGAAAUUUCAAAAUCCAUUUAUUAAUUUUAAUUUAACUAAUCAAUUUAAUUAUCCACUUUCUUCACUUCCACUAUCACCUUCCUCGUCUUCUCAUCAAACUGGUGAUAGUAUACAGUAUGUUAAUACCUCAUUACAAGAUGUGAAUUAUUCAACUUCAACAACAAGUAUACUAAUACCAUCAUCAAUAUUCGAUGCUUCUCAAUCACCAACAGCUAUCACAGCAUCCAAUUCAACUAUGAAUAGUAAUUUAAAUACAAAUACAAAUACAACUGAUUCAUUACAUAAUCAAAGGGCAAAUAUAUCUCGUAAUAGUUUAAAAAUUGGUCUUUUAAACUCUGUAACGCGAACAUCACAGUCAUCAGUGUCGUCAUCUCCUGUAACAUGUUAUCAUACUUCAAAAAAAUCAUCAACACUGACAACAUCAACACACAAUCGAUUAUUAGGCAAUCAAGAAUGUGGAAUGUCAUCACGUUCAAAUGUACAGAAUGAUCAUUCUCGUCCUUUUAAUCCUCCUCCUCCUCAACCUCCGCCUCCGCCUCAGAAUCAACCAGCACCUACAACGUCUUCACAUCCUCACCAUCAUCAUCGUCAUCAUCAUCAUCAUCUUCAUCAUUAUCGAAAUACAUCGAUUUGUUCAAGAGCAUCAUAUAUGUGUCGAAAGUGUAAAACACAUGGGCAUAAUAUCCCUGUGAAACGACAUAAGCGUACAUGUCCAUAUACAAACUGUACAUGUAUUAAAUGUCAUCUUGUUGAUCAAGGAAGAAAAGUU